AUGAUGCCCAGAACGGUAUGCUCAAUGAUCAUUCACUUUUCAUUUAAAUUUCAGUCUCUUGUGGACUACGAUGAGUCAGAUUCUGACGAGGAUGAGAACAGUGCGCCUAACGACGCGCUGCCGUCAUCGUCUACCGGUAGUCCAGUUUCGACCCAGCUUGGUUCCACCACCGAAUCCGAUGGUACCACCCGAGUAGAAUCUACGAAUAUCGUCCCACCAUCGCCGUCAGGCGAUCUCUCCCCUUGCGAUGAUGACGUCUCAUCAACAAGCGGCGAAGAAGAAACAACUUCUGGCGGCGAUAUGUUCGUACGACGAAAGCGACCAUCUUGUAGCGAUUUCGAUGAGGAACUAGCUAAACGUAGUCGUACCUCAUCAUCUUCAGAAACCUAA